AUGGCGGGAACUGAGAAAACCUUUGAAGGUCUUAAGGAUUUGAUGAUUCGGGAUCAAUUUAUUCGUGCUUGUGGGAACGACCUUACUUUGUUUCUGAAGGAGAGGAUUCCAAAGUCUAUAGGAGAGAUGUCCAAACUUGCUUAUCAGUACGCUGAAGCAAGAGGUGAUGCAUUCAGUUUAGCAAGGCCGAGGUAUGGAGGGCAUAAGUCAUCAUCCAGUGGUGGUCAACCUCAGGGACACUCGAUGUCCACAGAGACAAACAAGAAGAAUCAGGCAAACUGUGUGUCAUCAAAAGGGGAAAAGAAAGGCAAGAAGGCCGAAACUACUAAGGUGGUUGACAAAGCAAAGAUUGCUGAGACCGAAGACAGGUAUGCAAUUGCUUCAUGUAGUGAAACGACAGAAAUGCCUGUUGUGCAGGGAUUUGUUGGUAUUCAUCCGGUGUCAGUUUUGAGGGACUCUGGUUGUGAGCGUUCUAUUGUCAAGACAUGCCUGGUAGGAGACGAGGAUCUUACUAGUGAAAUGGAGACAUGUGUGUUAGCCAACGGACAGAAACUCAUCGUUCAUAUUGCUUACCCAGUUGUUGAUACACCUUACUUCAAGGGUAGAGUUCGUGCUUGGUGUAUGGAUGCCCCAGUAUAUGAUUUGAUACUUGGUAAUGUCAAGGGAGUUAGGAAGCCAUACGACCCAGACAACACCUGGAAACGAGACGAAGUGUUGGACGCGCUUGCGGUACAGACCAGAACACGGAAGCAGAAAGAAGAAAAGCCCUAUCGUCCACUUAAGGUGCCAAGUGUGAAGGACAUAGGAUCGCCAACAGAUAUCAAAAGUGCUCAAGAAGGAGAUGAUAGUUUGAAGAAGCUUUGGGAAUUGGCGAAGAAGGGAAGCACGAAGGAUCGUUCUGAUGGAGGGCAAUCGCGUUUCUAUGUAUCACGUGGAUUGUUGUUUAGAGAGUUCAAGAGCCCAUCUUGUGCAAAUGGACAGUUGUUCAAGCAACUGGUGGUUCCGACAGCAUACAGACCGACAGUUCUUCAGUUGGCUCAUGAAUCUAUGAUGGCCGGUCAUAUGGGAGCGAAGAGAACAUUGGAAAGGAUAACCUCAGAAUUUUUCUGGCCAGGAAUGACGACCGAUGUGACGAGAUAUUGCCGAUCUUGUGACACAUGCCAGAGAACAUUUCCGAAGGGAAAGGUUGGGAAAGUGCCAAUUGGAUCAAUGCCAUUGAUUGACACUCCGUUCCAACGUGUAGCCAUUGACAUAGCUGGACCAUUGGAUCCUGUAACUGAAAGAGGUAACCGUUACAUACUCACCAUAGUCGACUAUGCGAUGCGAUAUCCUGAAGCAGUUCCAUUGAAGAGCAUUGAAACUGAACGUGUUGCAGAGGCCUUAGUUGAUGUCUACAGUCGGGUUGGAAUUCCUCAAGAAGUGCUGACAGUUAAGGGCUCACAAUUCACUUCCGAUUUGAUGCGAGAAGUCAGCCGUUUGUUGUCUAUUCGUCAGUUAACUACAACGCCGUACCAUCCGAUGUGCAAUGGACUUGUUGAACGAUUUAAUGGCACUCUCAAGCAAAUGCUUCGUAGGAUGUGUUCCGAAAGACCUCGUGAUUGGGACAAGUAUAUCAACGCUUUAUUGUUUGCUUAUCGUGAAGUGACGCAGGAGAGCCUUGGAUUUUCUCCGUUUGAGUUGUUAUACGGACGAAAGGUAAGAGGCCCAAUGAUGAUUCUCAGGGAACUAUUGACCAAGGAUAUUCCUGAUCCUGAUACAAAGACCACUUAUCAAUAUGUUAUUGAUCUGAAAGAGCGUUUGGAAGAGACAUGCAAGAUGGCUCAGCAGCAAUUGAAGUCAGCCAGAACUCGUCAAGCAAUGUACUAUAACAAGAAGGCGAAAGACAGAAAGAUGAAUCCUGGGCAAAAGGUGCUGGUGCUUCUGCCAACAAAGAGGAACAAGUUGUUAAUGCAGUGGAAAGGACCAUAUGUAAUUGAGGAGAGAAAGGGGUCUAUGGACUACAAAGUUGUAGUCGACGGAAAGUCUAAGACUUACCACGCAAACCUAUUGCGACUAUAUGUGGACAGGAAUGGUAACGGUGUCGUCAGAAAUGAUCCAGGUGUUCUGUCAGUCACUUGUGCUGCAGUCAUUGAGGAGGAAGACAGCAAUGAGAACGAAGAGAUUCUCGAAGACGCGAUUGUUACCUCGCCAGGACCAAUAAGAUCUGAAACUACUAAAGAUGUACUGGUAUCAGAAUUACUCGGUGUGGAACAGAAGACAGAUGUCAAGGAAAUGUUAGAGGAAUUUGAAGACGUCCUUACAGAUGUUCCGGGGAAAACCAACCUGGGAGAACACGACAUAACUACUUUGACAGAUGAACCAGUCAGGGCUACGAGUCAUAGUAUACCCUACAGUAUGAAGGCGACAAUCCAAGAUGAAGUUGGGAAGAUGUUGGAAAUGGGUGUGAUAAUGCCGUCCGAGUCACCUUACUCUGCUCCAGUUGUAAUUGUCAAAAAGAAAGAUGGCAGUAAUAGGUUUUGUAUUGACUAUCGACACAGCAUACAGAAAUAUGGGGAUCAAAGCAUUGGAUGUGAUUAUUGUCAUCUUUGGUAUCACUUUGCAUGUGUACAGAUGAAUAAGCUUGCAUUAUCACAGAUAAGUAAAUGGGCAUGUUUAAAGUGCAGUGUUAUUGGCAGAGUUUGA